CAAAAAUGGCCUCGUUUAUCACAGCCAUCUUGGAUUGGCUACGAAGCCUAUUCUUUAAACAAGAAAUGGAGCUGACCCUUGUGGGAUUACAGAAUUCUGGGAAAACCACCCUUGUUAGCGUCAUUGCCAAUGGCCAAUUUACAGAGGAUAUGAUUCCCACAGUAGGAUUCAAUAUGCGUAAAGUAACAAAAGGAUCUGUAGUAAUGAAAUUAUGGGAUUUGGGCGGUCAAGCUCGCUUCCGUAGCAUGUGGGAAAGAUAUUGUAGAGGAGUCAAUGCCAUAGUUUAUGUGGUUGAUUCAGCUGAUCAUGCCAAAAUUUCAUCUGCCAAAACCGAACUUCACAGUCUUCUUGAACGUCCUUUGCUUUCCGGAAUUCCUGUACUCGUUCUCGGAAACAAAAAUGAUUUGCCAGAUGCACUUUCUGUUGAGGAUCUCAUUGAGCAACUUGGCCUCAAAAGCAUCACAAACCGACAGGUUUCGUGCUACUCCAUUUCUGCAAAAAACUCGACAAACAUCGACAUCACUAUCCAGUGGUUGAUGAAACACGCUACCUCGAAAUAAGGUUUUGCAAUACCAUCUUGAUGACUGUCUCGAUCUCGUGCAAUAGCCCAUCUCACUUUUGGUUUGAACCUAAUCGACUGGUAGCUCGAUCUCUCCAGCUAUUAUCUUUGACUUUUUUACUGCAACCCCAAGCCUUUUGAUAGUGAUUUGAAAAUUCCAAUAUAAAUUGAAACCAAGAAAUGGUUAAACUUGUGG